GGCUCCUCAUCAAUGGUAUUCGAUUUGAGGAUCCAGGUAAAGGAUAGAACAGUACUGGGAAACACGAGUGGACACAGUCUGCCCUUGGUGCUGCCAGCUAGGUCAUCGCAGCUUCAACGCCUGUGGGAACCGGCCACCAUGCUGUUUUAUAUACGCGGGGCCCUAUGAAGGCACUGAACAUGCCUGCUGGGUAUUAAACUGCCCUACCAAACCAGGAACUGUCUGCCAACACAUUCCAGCAAAGUGUGACACUUGUGGCGGCUCAUACCCAGCAACAGCAGGGAAUUGCCCUGCUAAACAAUCAGCAAGGAAGAUGAUGAGAUCUGUAAGGUCGGAUCAAAAGGAUAACGUUAGUCCGACUAGCGAACCUCCGAUAUAUGGCCAGCGUUCGCCACAUAUAGAUAGACAAGCACUCAACAAGCACUCAUCAAGCACUCAUCAAGCACUCAUCAAGCACUCAAGCACCCGUGUACUAUAUAGGCCUCGUGCAGUCGGAUGAUCGACUCCUCCGGUUUCCCCUGAACCUCCGACGGAACCCAUUUCAGAAGAAACCGAGGAAGAGGACUACAGAGUCUAAGAACAAAGGACGACCAUCCAAUUUUUAAGGCAUCAUGGCAUCUCAAUCAUCACUCAUCGUUGAUAAGGUCCUCGAGCAUGAGUGAGUGAAGCAUACUGGUCGGGAGACCGCACCACUGGCAGCAGCUCCAACACGAUUAUUAUGACGAAUAAGAGGCGGCGCAAUGAGGGGAACAGACGGAGGAUCAAUAGCAAAAAUGCCUCACCAGAAUCAUGCGGGCAGCACCAGAACAAAGUGAAAGGAAGAC